AUGGGCGCGGGAGCAAGGACGUUCAAAGCAAUUGGAAAGUCCCGGGAAGUCCACUGCAGAAAAAAGUAAAUAAAAGCUCUGCUGCGGGCGUACACUAAGUCACGUGGUUUGCAACUUGUCAGAAAGUGAAAGUGAAUUUUUGUGCGUGUGAUUUCCCGUGCAAUGAGAGGAGAUGGCCGAAAGAGCGGCACCGAUUCUAAAGUGCUGGGUCUUUUAAAGCCAUACCUGAAAAAAUUGCGCGCACACCUAGCGAGGAUUGAAUCUGGGAUCUUCCAGCUUGCAAAACAGGAAUAUGGCUGACAUCUUCAGAAAUGGCCUUCAGUGGGCCCUUGGUACAUUCCUGCGAUCCUUUAUAGCCCAGGUCAAGAGAGUCCUGAUAUUUUCAACUGUGGUGAUUGUGGGUGCUGUUCUCUUGUCUUCUACUUGGCUUGCUGUCCAAAAGGUGGAUUAUUCUCUGUCAAGCACUGAGCGUGAGGUCGCUGUGACCAACAAGCAUAAGUGGACCCCACACAGUGUCGUCAAAAUCCUAAGGGACUUGCUGCACUAUGUUGCUGUCCUGUUGUCUUCCUAUGAACCCCUGACCCUUGGGAACCUCUUGAGGCACCGCGACCGCCUGAGCGGGGUGAACUAUCUGCUCCAGGCUUGUUUCAACGAAGCCAUUGAUGGCUUUUGCCGGGAGCCUUUCUCAGUGCAAGAGAAUUCCAGAAUGGUCAUCCACUGCGACGGACAAACCGUACAGUUCUUCUCCGGCAACGGCGACUCGCGAAGAUUUCGGUGUACAUCUUGCACAACGCCAUCCAAUUCGACGUCCAGGAACGGACGGCUGAAAUGUACCUUGCUAGGCUGUCUAUUCGCCAGGAGCCGUUGAGCAUUCGUGAUCUCCUGCGGGUGAAGAGCAACUUACAGUCCUGGGGUGUGCUUUCGGAAGGGCUGCGGAGCUGCCUGGAGUUUGCCGUGCAGAAAUAUGCCGAGGAGCCUUUGUGUGUCCAAAACAACGCGGACAUGGCUAUAGACUGUGACGGCCAAGUGCUGAAAUUCGCUUCCGGGCGUCAGAACAAUCACAUCAAUAUCUAUGACGUGCGAGAUGGCACCAUUCAUUACCACAUCAGGCUCUCUGGUUUCUGGGCCAGUAUUGUGGGGUUCUUCAGGGGGAGCCCAGACCACACACGGGGGAAAAAGUUGUUGCAGUUAGAGUGAAUUAACUGUUCACUCUUGUGUCACUUGAAACAUGGAUAUAUGGUAGCAGUGGAGCAGCAGUGGCGU